GCUGGAUGUAAACAACGGUAUUGGCGCAGCCGCAGGACGAAAAGAGAGCGGAAGAGCGGAUCGAGAGAGAGUUUCUGGGGUAGGAAGGACGAAAAAUCGAUGAAGGACUAUCAGCAGGAAGCUCUAAGGAGCCGAUUGACUUUGGGCCGUAAAAUGAUUACGGGCUAAAAGCUAAAAAACACUUCGCGCGAGAGCGAGAGAGGACGUGCGAGCGAGAGGGAGAGAGAGAGAGAGGGCAAAAGGAGCAACAGCGACAGCAAGCGAAAACUUGGAAAAAUCGCUGCUAAAAAUAAAACAAAAAUUAAAUUUAAAAAUUCUAAAAAUCCACAAAUUAAAAACUUUAACUGGAAAGCUGCUGGAGCACUGUAACAAACAAUCAAACACCUUGUGUGCGUGUGUGUGUGUGUGUGCCAUAACUCCUGUGAAUUUCCAGCAUACAGGAAAAAAGGAAACGGAAGAAGAAAAGCAGCAAAAACGAAGUGAAAAUCAAGGAGGAGCCAGAGGUGGAAAAAGCGACCAAAAAUGGCAUUAGAACAGGCAAAAUGACACCUACAAGCUGAAUAAAAUCUAUUUAAGCCAUCAAAUUGAUUCGCACACACACACCCGCCACACGCACACACACACGCACACAGGAGAGCUGGGAAAACACCACCCACUUUUGUGAAAGGAGCAGCAGCAGGAACACGCCCCCCCCCAUCGACGAGCAGCCGGCACCCGCGCCCCUCUGCGCCAAGCGUUUAAAAAUAGCCACAGCUCUGGAAACCAAAUAUCCCUGGAGCGCAGCCGUUCGAGAAAAUGGUAACGAUGAACUCGGAGGCGGACAAAACACAAGCCACCAAUGCCAGCAGCACCGCGGCGCCGGCCAAGACGGACUGCACCAGCAGCAACAGCAGCGAUCCGCUGGCGGUGGCCAUUCCGGAGCCACAGUCCGCCACCGCCGUCGUUGGAGGAGGCGGAGGAGGAGUAGCACCCGGCACGGCCACCCCAUCGCCAACACCACUCUCCAAUGGUAGUAACAAUGGCACUGGGUCAUCGGUCUCACCGGCAGCAACAGGAGCAGGAGCAGUAGCCACAGUAGCAAGUGCUCCAGCAGCAGCAGCAGCAGCAGGCACAACAUCGGCAUCCCCGCCAGCGAGCAACCCAACCACUGCAUCCACAUCCACGGCCAGCGUUGUUGGAGCCAAGACGGCAGCCGCCACCACCACAUCCUCCUCCUCGGCCACAUCCUCGUCGACGGCAGCGGCGGGCAGCAAGCAGAGCGGCUCCAGCGGCGGACUGCUGACCGUCAGCGGGAACCACCAUCACCACCACCACACCCACCCACAGCAGUCGGCGGCGGGUCAGUCGGCCGCCCAGCCGCCCCAGCCGCCCACCGCAACCGCCUUGGCGGUUCCAUCGGCGUCGCACCACCAACGCGGCGGGAAGAACGAGGAUGCACCCAAUAUCCUAGUGUACAAAAAGAUGGAGGCCAUCAUCGAGAAGAUGCAGGCGGAGUCGACGGGCGUGGCGGUGCGCACGGUGAAGGCGUUCAUGAGCAAGGUGCCAUCGGUGUUCACGGGUGCGGACCUGGUCGCCUGGAUCCUCAAGAACUUCGACGUGGAGGACGUGACGGAGGCCCUGCACUUUGCCCACCUGCUCAGCUCGCAUGGCUACAUAUUCCCCAUCGACGAUCACGCGCUGACCGUCAAAAACGACGGCACCUUCUACAGAUUCCAGACGCCCUACUUUUGGCCCUCGAAUUGCUGGGAGCCCGAGAAUACGGACUAUGCCGUCUACCUUUGCAAGCGCACCAUGCAGAAUAAGACGCGUCUGGAGUUGGCCGACUACGAGGCCGAGAAUCUGGCCAAGCUGCAGAAGAUGUUCUCCAGGAAGUGGGAGUUUAUAUUCAUGCAGGCCGAAUCGCAGAGCAAAGUGGCCAAGAAGCGGGAUAAGCUGGAGCGGAAGGUGCUGGACUCGCAGGAGCGCGCCUUCUGGGAUGUCCACCGGCCAAUGCCCGGCUGCGUCAACACCACCGAGAUUGACAUAAAGAAGGCCUACAGACGCGGUGGUUCCAGCCAUGGAACCGGAUCCGCCGGCGCCUCCCUGGCCAAGAAUCCCGUCGAGCAGCUGACGCGGAUCAUCGCGCUGCGCAAACAGAAGCUCGAGCGUCGCACAAUCAAAGUGUCAAAGGCGGCCGAGGCUUUGGUUGCCUACUACGACCAGUACAAUGAGUUCGAUUACUUUAUAACCUCGCCCGAGCUGCCGAAUCCUUGGCAAACAGACAGCACCGAGAUGUGGGAUACGGAGAAGAAUAGCAAAGAAGUUCCUGUGCGGCGCGUGAAGCGCUGGGCAUUCAGUUUGCGGGAGUUGCUGAACGAUGCCAUUGGACGCGAGCAGUUCACCAAGUUCUUGGAGAAGGAGUACAGCGGCGAGAAUCUCAAAUUCUGGGAAUCGGUGCAGGAGAUGAAGGCGCUGCCGCAGUCGGAGAUCAAGGAGGCGAUCCAGAAGAUAUGGCAGGAGUUCCUCGCCCCCGAGGCGCCCUGUCCGGUCAACGUGGACUCCAAGUCGGUGGAGCUGGCCCGCGAGGCGGUCAACUCGCCCAGUGGCCCCAAUCGAUGGUGCUUCGACGUGGCCGCCUCGCAUGUGUAUCACCUGAUGAAGAGCGACUCGUACUCCAGGUAUCUGCGAUCCGAUAUGUACAAGGAUUAUCUGAACUGCUCGCGCAAGAAGAUCAAGUCCAUACCGAAUCUGUUCGGGGUGAAACGUUGAGAUACGCUGCGGGGAUUCCCCGUCAUCGCAGUGGGCUAGAACGUCCUUGUGUAGGGGAAUUACCAGUUGAACUAGGUACUCAUUCGGUACUCAUUCGUUGUUACUCAUUUGAUUAAUCUGCCACUGUGUCGCGUGUUCUCUCGAUUUUGAAGUACUUUUUAUGUGAUUGUUUGUUGAUCGAUCGAUUGAUUAUGCGUUACCUCAAAGUGCCCCAAGAAAUACUUACAACCAAAUUUGCCCAUAGUAGCCGCCAUCUCAAGCUGUAGCUAUCUCCCUCUAAAUCAGACGAAAAGCUAAAACACCACUUACUAUGCAAAUAAGAAACUGCCAAAGGCUUGAUUAAGAACAAAAAAUAAUCGAAUACUGGAGGUUUUUCUGAAAUCAAUGGAUAUUUUAAAACAAUUACCAGCUGAGGUCUAAUAUAUAGGAAAUGGGAACUAAUUCCCCCACCGAAAAGCAAAGUCCCCAGGAAUUCCACAGCAAUAUUGUAAACUUUAUAAUUCCACAAUUGGAGAUUUCGAAAACUUGAUCAUCCUAUUUUUUGAAGCCACACAAUAGUUGUUUUCAAAUCUCUAGCGAUUCUCAGUUAAGCCAUCCGGAAUGUACUUAUUUUAAUAACCGAAUACGAAAAGUUGAAGACGAAAGACAACACCAACAACCGCCGAGACCUUAUUCUCAUACUCAUAAUAUACAAGCAAAUACGAAUUAUUAAUUAUUAACCGAAAUGCAAACGAUCGUAAUCGAAGACACCAAGAAAA